UAUUAUUUAUACUCUCUCUCUCUCUUGCUUCUUCUCUGGCAAUCUACCAUUCAAUUCAAUUUAUACGAAAAGUAACUCAAAAUUUUCUGAAAAAUUUGCACAUACCGGUUGGGGAUUCGAGCAUAGUCGGCGAAUGGAAUCGAUGGCGCCGGCGAACAAGAUCGAUAGAGCUCACCAGUUGUACCGCGACGGACGAUACAACGAAGCGCUGUCGUUUUACACGGACGCGCUCUUCAUGGCCAAAACCAAAGCGCCGAAGAUCGCUUUGCAUAGUAACAGAGCGGCUUGUUACUUGAAACUGCACGAAUUCAAAAAGGCGGCUGAGGAAUGUACGUCUGUGCUUGAGCUUGAUCACAAACACACUGGAGCAUUAAUGCUAAGGGCACAAACCCUAGUCACCCUAAAGGAGUACCACUCAGCACUAUUUGAUGUGAACAGGCUAAUGGAGUUAAAUCCAUCAUCAGAAGUUUAUCGAAAUCUUGAAGCUCGUUUGAGGACACAAUUGUCACUUGCUUCAAUACCCGAGUCUGAAGCUGAAUUGGAUGAAGAGCAAGAAGAUGACGCUGCAAAAAAUAAAGACAGCCGAAAUUUACAAGAUGGAGCAGCCUCAGUAGAAAACAACCAGAAUGCUGAGCCUGAUGAUGCUACGAUAAGUGCUGAAGUUAUGGUCCCUAGAGCCCCAAUCAUCAAGGACUUUUAUAAACAAGGUAGAGACCCAAAAGCUGAGCCUGAAAAGAUCAGUAGCACUAAAGUGAUUGCUCCACAAGCACAGAAGACCAAUGAAUCAUCUGAACAAAAGUCCAAAGGAUGGCAAGCAAUCCCAAAACCGAAAGGACACUCUGCUUUGGAUUACGCACGAUGGGACAGAGUUGAAGAUGACUCUAGUGAUGACGAGGAUGACAAUGACGAUGAGGAAGAGUGUCAGCCUCAAUAUCGAUUCCGAGUAAGAACUGUUGGUGUGCAACCAGUAAAGUAAAAUUUGAUUACUUUCGAAGCUGCUGAUAUAGGUGACGGGACUUAUUUCACUCAUUACCUGAAAGGGGUUUUAAAGGAGAAACCUGGGGAAAACCCUUUCAGAUUGAGAUACUGGUCAUCAAGUGGAAAUAAUCUUUGGGGCAAAUGGGAAAAGGUGUUUACUUAGAUUGUGUACUAGGCAGAUUUAUAUACAAGUCGGCUGUCCAUGCACUACGUUGACCGAAACUUCACUGCUAGACUACAGCUUUUGCCAGAAUACUGCAUUUAUGACUCUCUGUGCUACUAUACAAUAUCGAUAGCAGAGGCAACAUGAACACUGAUUGGCUACUCUGAGAAAAAUGUAGUUGCAAUGUUCAUGCCACUACAACAUUGAAGCUCCCAUUGUUCCUCCAUUGCAUUAACAAGUUCUAAGCUUCCAAAGGUUCUUCCCUUUCUAUGUAACUUCUAGAUAGACAAAUAAGGUUUGUAUUUACUUGCAUAAUUAUUAUGUUUCCACAUAUAUUAAGCAAUUCAUAAAUAUGACAUGCAGCGCUGAGCGCUUCUCAUGUU